GCUGCCUGGGUUCCCUGCGGGGCAAGGGGCUGCUUAUCGAGAAUGUGGCGUCCCUGUGAGGCACCACGGUCCGGGACUACACCCAGAUGAACGCGCUGCGGCGGCGCCUCGGGCCCCGGGGCCUGGUGGUGCUCGGCUUCCCGUACAACCAGUUUGGACAUCAGGAGAACGCCAAGAACGAAGAGAUUUUGAAUUCCCUCAAGUAUGUCCGACCUGGUGGUGGGUUCGAGCCCAACUUCAUGUUCUUCGAGAAGUGCGAGGUGAACGGUGCGGGGUCGCACCCUCUCUUCGCCUUCCUGCGGGAGGCCCUGCCAGCGCCCAGCGACGAUGCCACUGCGCUCAUGACCGACCCCAAGCUCAUCACCUGGUCUCCGGUAUGCCGAAACGAUGUUGUAUGGAACUUUGAGAAGUUCCUCGUGGGCCCUGAUGGUGUUCCUGUGCGCAGGUACAGCCGCCGCUUCCAGACCAUUGACAUCGAGCCUGACAUCGAAGCCCUACUGUCCCAAGGGCCCAGCUGUGCCUAGGGCGCCCCUCCUACCCCGGCUGCCUGGCAGUUGCAGUGCUGCCCUCUGGGGGAUUUUCAUUUAUGAGGGUGUUUCCUCUAAACCUACAAGGAGAAACACCUAAUCUUCCAGAAAAUAACCCCUCGAGAAUGGGCGCUGGUCCUGUCCAUCCCAGUCUGUCUGCCAGACCAAGGCGAGUUUCCCCACUAACAAAGUACCAGUUGUUAGCAGAAAAAAAAAAAAAAAA